UCAAAACUUUCCUUUUUUUUAAUUUUUAAAUUUUUCCCCCAUGGUUACAUGAUUCUUCUUGUCUCUCUCCCCUCUUCCUUCCUCCUUCCCAGAGUUGACAAGCAAUUUCACUAGGUUAUACACACAUUAUCACUCAAAUCCUAUUUCCGUAUUAUUCAUUUUUGUAAUAGAGCAGUCUUUUAAAACCCAAACUCCAAAUCCUAUCCCCAUAUAAACAAGUGAUAAAUCAUAUGUUUUCUUUGGAUUUCUACUCCCACAGUUCUUUCUCUAGAUGUGGAUAGCAUUCCUUCUCAUAAGUCCCUCAGAGUUGUCCUGGAUCAAUGCAUUGUUAUUAGUAGCAAAGUCUUUCACAUUUGAUCAUCCCGAAAUGUUUCAUUUCUGUAUAUAAUAUUCUCCUGGUUCUGCUUAUUUCACUCUGUAUCAGUUCAUGUAGGUCUUUUCAGUUCAUAUAGAAGUCAAGCAGUUUAUCAUCCCUUAUAGCACAAUAGUAUUCCAUCACCAUCAUAUACCACAAUUUGUUCAGACAUUCCCCAAUUGAUAGACACACCCUCAUUUUCCAAUUUUUGGCCACCACAAAAAGCAUAGCAAAAAAUAUUUUUGUACAAACAGAUCCUCUCAUAUUUUUUAAAAAUCUCUUUGGGAUACAAACCUAGUAGUGGUAUUGCUGGGUCAAAGGACAUGUAUUCUUUUAUAGUCCUUUGGGCAUAAUUCCAAAUUGGCUUCCAGAAUGGUUGGAUCAAUUCAAAACCCCACGAGAAAUGCAUUAGUGUCCCAAUUUUGCCACAUUUCCUCCAACAUUUAUUAUUUUCCUUUAUUGCCAUAUUCACCUAUCUGCUAGGAAUAAGGUGGUAUCUCAGAGUUGUUUUGAUUUGCAUUUCUCUAAUCAGGAGGGAUUUAGAACAUUUUUUCACAAGAUCAUUGAUUUUUUAAAAACUUUCCAUUUUUGAGUCAGGGUGACAUUGACUGAUUAGAUUAAGGGUCUGUGCUUGGUAAGCUUGAGACCCCAAAUGUCAGGUUGUUCAUGUUUGGGUGAACCACAGUUGAUCAUGGAUUGGGUUGGGAUUAAGGAUAAUUCUCAGGAUUUCUCAGGUUUGAGCUUCUGGCAACAUUUGCUCUUCUGGAAAGAAAGAACUCAACGUUUUUUUUUAAUAAACUGCCAUUGCUAAGCUUCUUGUGAUUGCAGACCCAUGCUGCAGAUACAGGAAACCAAGAGCAGGCCAUUCAUAUCAAUAGCAUGAUGUCACAGUCUGCAGUGAAAGGUGCCAUAGUGACAGUUCUCAGUUUCACAGGAAGUAUACCACUCUGAGUACCAGCAGGAUCCCCCCAAACAAUUGUGUUAUCUUCAGGGUCAGGCUCUACAGGCCUCUGACAAUGGCCAGUGCUGUACUUGAUUGAGUCACUUGCCACCAAGAAGAGUGUACAUUAUUUGCUGUGACAGUCCCACACUGCUAGCUGUUUAAUGCACAGAUUUCAGAUGCUCUCUGAGAUGGUUUUAUUCCCAGGUACUGCCUUUCCUUAUUGAGAGUUCCCACAAAUCCAGAGAAGGAUGCCAUGUUUUUAAACAGUUGGGAAGUAAAGUUUUGAAUAUUUUGAAGGACUUGAACCAAAAUCUUCUGACUAACCACCAAAAUAACCUGCCAAUUAUAUGAUUUCAGAAACAAGUUUAUUAAAUCAAAGUUGAUCUCAUCAAUACCUUCAUUUUACAGAUAAGGAAACUGAGGUACAAAAGUGUUGAUGAUGUACCUAAAGUCAUAGGUGGUGGUGGUAGGGUUUUUUUGUUUUGUUUUGUUUUGAAUUCCAUACCUUCUGCCUUGGAAUCAGUACCGUGUGUUGAUUCCAAGGCAGAAGAGCAAUAUGGGUUAGGAAACGGAGGUUAAGUGACUUGCCCAGGAUCCCAGAGUCAGGAAGUAUCUGAGAUCACAUUUGAACCCAAGACCUCUAGUCUCUAGGCCUGGUGAUCUAUACACUUAGACACCUAUCUGCCCCCCAAAGUCGCAGGUAUUAGAAAGGGGCCUAUGACCUCAUCAGGACCCCUCUUUUAAUGGAUGAGGAUUUAAUUAACUGAGGCACCUUAAGGCUGGAGAACUUCUUUCCCCUCCCUGACCUGAAAAAGCUACUCCUCUUUCACACCAGACCCGGAGACUCUCUCUAGUACCAGUGUGUUUUUCAUAUGUAAAUACUUCCCUAGGUUUCUGUCAAAGAAAGAGGCAGAGACGCCAGAGAAGGAAGAAACCAAAGGCCUAACUAAGUCUGAGUCUGUUCCCAGCUGACCGCCAGGAUACAGCCGGCGCAGGUGCGUGCUCCAAGAACGUUUCACUCUGAGAGGUUUCACCAAGGCCCUCUUUACCACGCUUCAGCCUCUUAAAUAGGAGGAAAUGAUUAGAAAACAGAACAUGAUAAGUAGCGGGUACUCCCGCGAGACACUGCGAAGAAGCCUCGUUUUGGGUUAGGAACGGGGCGGGGGAGGGAGAAAACAAAGGGCCCCGCAUCCAGCCUCUUUCUCGUUUUGUUGUUGUUGUUGUUGGGGUUUUUUUUUUUGUUUUUUUUGCCGCCGCUGCUGCUCCGCCCAACACCGCACUUGGCCUGAGACUCUUCUCCGCGAACCCCCUCCUCACCUCACGCAAGAGCGCAGGGGCGUGCACGUUCCCGGGCCUUGCGUGGGCGCGCUGCCAGUCAGGGUCUGCCUGAGAGGGACUGUACAGCUUCUGUCGUCCGUCGGUCGGUCGGUCAGUCCGUGGCUUUCGUGAGUGGGCGUGUUGGCUAGAGGGAGCCAGCGGCCCUGAACGAUCCGGCUGUGUCCGGACUGAAAGAGGCCUCUUCUGGCCCCGGGGUUCGUUCCGAGGGGGAUCGGCAUGUCGCAGAAAAAGAAGGGCCGAGGCCUUCCCCGCGCGAGCACUAGCGGCGGCGGCGGCGGCUACGACGAUAGUGGUGCGAGCGGCCCCAGCACCAGCGGCGGGGGAGACGGUCCCAGCGGGAGCCGCGAAACAAGCGGCCCUAGCACCAGUAGCGGGGGCGGUGGCCUUGGCUUCAGCCAGGCUCACGUCGAGGCCCUGGCUCAGGCCUUGGCCCAGGCCGGCCCCUCCCAGGUAGAUGACGUCAUGGAGGAGGAGGGGUGUGAGGAACCCGGGCCAUCUGCUACCCCUCCGAUGCCCUCCACUUCUUCCUCUUCCUCUACCUCCUCCCAGGCCCAGAAGAAGCCAGCCAAGCGCACUGAGGCCCAAAUCCAGCAGAAGGUGAAUGAGCUGGUGCAAUUCCUGCUGGUGAAGGACCAGAAAAAAGUGCCCAUCCGUCGGGCGGACAUGGUGAAGACCGUCCUGCAAGACUACAAGGACAUGGCCUCCGUGAUCAUUGAGCGUGCUGGCCAGACUCUGGAGGAGGUCUUCGGCCUGCAGCUCACAGAGAUUGACCGUAAGCACCAUGCCUACAUCCUCAUCAACAAGCUGGAGCGCCUGGAGGGGGAUGGUAUGAAGGCUGAUGAAGGUGUGGCCAAGAUGGGGCUCCUCAUGGUGAUCCUGAGCCUCAUCUUCAUGAAGGGCAAUUCGGCCAGGGAGUCUCUGGUCUGGGAUGUCCUCAAGAAGCUCCGGGUUGAUCCAGAGAAAAGACAUAAGACCUUUGGAGAUGUCAAGAAGCUUGUCAAGGAUGAGUUUGUUCGCCAGAAAUAUUUGGAGUAUAUUCGAGUCCCCCAUUCCGAGCCUCCUGAGUAUGAAUUCCUCUGGGGACCCAGAGCUGCCCAUGAGACAAGCAAGAUGCAAGUUCUUCGCUUUGUGGCAAAGAUUCAGAAUCGGGAGCCUUCGAGCUGGGUGUCCCAAUACAACGAGGCCCUCCAAGAUGAAUUGGCAUCGGCCUCUGCAUCUGCCUCUGCUUCUGCUUCAUCUGGCAACUAAACCAUCCAGGCCGGUUUUGGGUACCAGCAAACAUUUUCCAGACUGGUAUCAAGAAAGCAAAAAUUUCCCAAGUUUUGAUAGGACUUGUGCAUAUGAACCACGGGCUAAAAACCAUUUUACCCUCCAAGGUCCAACAUAAUUCAACAUUUUUUCCCUGUUCUUGUGUUCCUGAUCCAGGGACUUUGUGGACAGAAUUUAACUACUACUUCCUCUUUCCAGAUUGGCUAAAGACUUUCUAACUGAAACUCAUUGCUUCAAGGACUUGUCUUCCCUUAACUGUGGGUGAGCUUUCCUAUCCUUGAACCCAUCCAUGGAUAGAAUUAUUCAACUGCCUCAGACAUAUGCCAAGCCUGUGUUUCCUUUUCAGUUAAUAAAUUUCAUCAGCAUUCA